AUGUUUGGCACUACAGUGACUGUGCCAAAUGCUGAUAUUGCCAAAAUAAUGUAUUAUUUAGAUUGUAUAUGUACCGUUAUUGAUUACAAUGAUAACGACAUUAAUCGAUAUCGAAACUAUUCAAAUUGGGCUAAUAUGUCGGAUUAUGAAGAUCGUUUGAUUUAUUUACUGGCUUUAACACUUUCGCCAGAUGAAUUAGAAAAUAAAGUCUUUUUCGAAGCACCAGAAUUAUGCCCUACGACGAACAAUCAAUUUUAUGAAAUUGGUCAAGUUAAAAAUCGAUUAGUGGUUGUUCAAUCAAUUAUUAUCGGUGGUCGAUCGCGUCAAGUGAAAAAAAUUAUGGCGUAUGAACCAAUUUGGAUACAGAGAAAUUAUUAUGAACCAAUGGCAAGACUACAAAGACGGUUUAGUCCAGACGACGAUGACGAUGACAAUGAUGAUGAUGAUGAUGAUGAAAAUAAUUAUAAUUAUAAUUAUACAACACCGUCAUCGAGCACUUGUGUUAUUUCUUAA